CGUCAAAUGUACUUUUUAACAUGGCGGCGUAAAAGUGCCGCCCGUCUUGAAAGCAAUUCGAGAAUUGUCAUAAAUACUCAUUUUAAUUGAUAUUUGUUUUGAUCUAAGUUUUUAAUUAGUGAGAAACACGUAAGAGAAAAAUGCUAUUAACAUUGAAGCCAGAUCACAAGAAACAUGUAUUGUUUCUUACCGAACAAUCGCCGCCAGUAUUGCAGGACUUUUGCAAAUUAGCUCUAGAUUAUUUACAAAAGGGACCGAAUGUUAAGGUGUACAAGGCUGCCGCUCAGAAGUUAAAUGUCGAAUUGAACGCAAUCAAGAAUUCAGUGGAAGGUUUAGUCAAUCUCUUGCUAGAAAGCUGCAAACACAAGUUAAACCCGGAGGAUUUUCGGGAUUCUGUGAUCGCUUUAGGUUUCACGGAGGAGAAGGAGGCAAUACUUAGUAAAUUAUACAGCGUUAAAAAAGAUAAGAUCUUGAAUGCCUUAGAAAAGAUUGGAUUUAAAUUGCCCGAAUAUUAUGACAUGGAAUGGAGAUUUGAAGUGCAGACUGCAUCAAGAUCUCUCUUGAAACAAGUUGCGCCACUCAUCACUCUAGAUUUAUCACUGAAAAAUCCCGACAAUUCGGACGAGAUUGAACACGUUUUGCUACAAACAGAUCCUAUUAAUUUGCUUCAUAUAACUCAAGAAUUAGAGGAAGCGCUACAAGAAAGUCGUAGUUUACAUAUCCGGAGGGUUUCAAGGGCAAAAAUGCAGUCCCUCAUUACAGUAGGUGCCAAAAAUCAAACUUCGAUUAUUUUACCUGAAUUUUCCAUUACAUUUACUGAUGUGUUAACAACGACACACGGACCCCACGCGAUGCGACAAAUCAUUGGUUUCAACAAUCACACUGUUGUGGAUAAAGUACCUCAGGACAUGCUGCAUUUGGUCGAUCCGCAUUGGCACCAAUUUCCACCAAUGGAUCCAAUAUGGCACAAGAUUCUGGGCCUGGUGAUGAUUGUACUAGGACUUAUGGGAUGGAUUGGAAAUGGUGUUGUAGUGUACGUGUUUCUGAUGACACCCUCUCUAAGAACGCCGAGCAAUUUUCUAGUGGUAAAUCUGGCUUUCUCCGAUUUCAUCAUGAUGAUAAUUAUGUCGCCUCCUAUGGUAGUCAACUGCUACUAUGAAACCUGGGUAUUAGGACCACUAAUGUGCGACAUAUAUGCUAUGGUUGGUUCUUUAUGCGGAUGUGCCUCGAUAUGGACUAUGACUGCUAUUGCUCUUGAUCGAUAUAAUGUUAUAGUGAAGGGUGUGGCAGGAAAACCGCUCACUAUAAAGAAAGUGAUACUUGAAAUUUUGUUUAUUUGGCUCUUUGCUGCAUUAUGGACAAUUAUGCCAAUGUUGGGAUGGAACAGAUAUGUACCAGAAGGCAACAUGACUGCCUGCGGUACCGAUUACCUUACCAAAGAUUGGAGCUCUAAGUCAUAUAUUCUGGUAUAUUCGAUAUUUGUAUAUUACACGCCGCUCGUUACUAUAAUUUACAGCUAUUACUUUAUCGUUUCGGCGGUAGCUGCUCAUGAAAAGUCCAUGAGGGCACAGGCAAAGAAAAUGAAUGUUCAAUCUUUGAGAUCUGGGGAUAAUCAAAAUGUCAGUGCAGAAGCAAAGUUGGCAAAAGUGGCUCUGAUGACCAUUUCUUUGUGGUUUUUGGCAUGGACACCGUAUCUGGUUAUUAAUUACACAGGUAUUUUUGAUGGUGCUAGUAUUAGUCCUCUUUGCACCAUUUGGGGAUCUCUCUUUGCAAAGGCGAACGCUAUAUAUAAUCCGAUUGUUUAUGGAAUUAGUCAUCCAAAGUAUAGAGCAGCAUUAAAGGAAAAAUUACCAUUCUGCGUAUGUGGCUCGACUGAGGAUCCAUCUGCGAAAGUCGCGGAAACAGUAUCUACAACGACAACAGCGUAGUUUCGUGCGAUGAACUGUAUCUCUAAUUCUAAAUAUUAUGAUAUAAUAUAGAGUUAUAGAGGAUAUUUUUCUCGGACAAGUCGACGUAUCAAUAAUAUUAAAUACAUUGUGUGAUAAAUGUUUCUAAGAGAAAUGAAGAAAAUUUGUAAUUUGUAAAGCCUCAAUAUAGCUGUUAUAAUUACCUGAUUAUGCAAAAGCUUAUACGGAAUUUCGAGUGGAUUCUGUUAUACUUUAUGAUAUAUUGUACACAAGAUGAAUUUUCAUUUUGAAUUUCUCUUUAUUUUUUUCCUUUUUACAAGAAUAAGAGUGAUAGGAGAUACUUAUUGCCCACUAUACUAGUGCAAACGAAUGUCAUUCAAUAAAUUAUUUGGCAUGUAAUGAGCUGAGAAGAUUCUUUAUUGUGAUCUUAAGACAAUAAAAAAUACUGAAUGUUAAACAAAAAUAAGUAUCAUAGGAUUUGUGUUCAGGAUUUUCAAAAUUUUUGAAAUGUUUAAUUAAAAUUGUCAUAUAUAUAUGAUUGCCCCUGCAGAAUUUAUUCUAUAAAAUUAAUUACAGUUACGAUAUAUAUCUCAUGGCGAUAUAACAUUUUUAGCGAUACAGCCGAUAUGUUCGCUAAUUCCAAAAUGACUAUGUAUUUCAUUUUUUGCAUUGAAGAGAUGACAAAACUUACAAAUUUCGCUAUGAGACAUAAGAAAUUCGCAUCAUGGUGUAGCCGAACCGUAUAAUAUAUCAUAGACUCUAACAGUUUGGCUUAUUUAGCCCUCGAUUUUCCUGAUGUUCAUUUUUUUUUUUUUUUUUUUUUUUUUUUUUU